UUUUGUACGUAUUGAUUAUAUCUUGUUUUGCAUGAGAGAGAAAGUAAGAGCAAAAAAGCAUAUAUCAAUGAAAAAACAUGGCUUACAAGUCAUCAUCACACACCCUCUUAGGCCACACUAUCUCUCUCUCUCCUUAACCUCUGGAAAAUCCAUAAUGUUUUCUCCUUCAUCUGAUCAUCAUCAUCAUCCUGUGUAAUUUCUAAGGAUGUUUUUUUUCAUAGUACGCCAUGCUUCUUGUUUUCUUUGAGAAAAACAACACAAAAAAAAGGUCCAAUUCUUGAUCUUCUUGAAGUUUUAUCUAGUCAUCUAUGUGCAAAAACAAGUUGGUACAAGCAUUUGAAUGAGUAAAAAUUCAAUCUUUUUGUUGAAAAAAGAAUCAUGAAAGUACUUAAAGAGUGAUAAAGCAGAGAUCUUUAUAUAUGUAUAUUAUAUAUGGCUGGUCAUCAAGAAAGUGAAGAGAUAAAACCAAGAUCAUCAUCAAUGGUUACUAAUACUGGUUAUUGGUUUUCAUCAGAUAAUCCAAAUCCAACACAUAUGGUGAAUCAUCAGUUGCAAAAUUUUGAAACAAAUCCAGAGAUGUACAAUUUGAGUAGUACUUCUAGUAUGGAAAUGAUAGGGUUUCCACCAAACAACAAUAAUCCUCAUGUGUUGUGGAAAGGUAAUUUUCUCAUCAACAAGAUCAAUGGUGAUGAUCAUGGUACUCCUUCAUCUUCCAAGAACAUUACUGAACAAUUUUACCAACAUGGUAGUGAAAAUAUGUUGGUUGCAACGACGACAACUCAUGAUGAUGAUCAUCAAGAAUCUUGGCAUCAUGAGAAUAACAGAACAUUACUUGUUGAUGAUCCAUCUAUGAGAUGUGUUUUUCCUUGUGAAGGAAAUGAAAGGCCAAGUCAAGGACUUUCAUUGUCUCUCUGUUCAUCAAAUCCUUCUAGUAUUGGUUUACAGUCUUUUGAGCUAAGACAUCAUCAAGAAAUAGGACUAAUACAUGAUGGUUUUUUGGGUAAAUCUGCAAAUCUACAACAAGGGUACUUUCAUCAUCAUCAAGUUAGGGACUCUAAGUACUUAGGUCCAGCUCAGGAGUUGCUCGGUGAAUUCUGUAGUCUCAGAAUAAAGCAGAAUAAUGAUCAUUCUUCAUCAAAAGUACUAAAGCAACAAGAGAUCAGUGCUAGUACUUCAAAAAAGCAACUUUUACAGUCUCAUGACCUCUUAGAACUUCAGAAAAGAAAAACAAAAUUGCUCCAAAUGCUUGAAGAGGUGGAUAGAAGGUACAAACAUUAUUGUGAUCAAAUGAAGGCUGUUGUAUCAACAUUUGAAGCAGUGGCUGGAAAUGGAGCAGCAACAGUUUACUCAGCGUUAGCAUCAAGGGCCAUGUCAAGGCAUUUUAGAUGCCUAAGAGAUGGAAUUGUGGCACAAAUUAAGUCCACAAAAAAUGCCAUGGGAGAAAAAGACAGUACUAGUACUCUUAUUCCUGGUUCAACAAGAGGAGAAACACCAAGACUCAGACUUCUUGAUCAAACUCUAAGGCAGCAAAAAGCUUUUCAACAGAUGAAUAUGAUGGAGACUCAUCCAUGGAGACCGCAACGCGGUCUCCCAGAAAGAUCAGUCUCCGUUCUGCGUGCAUGGCUCUUUGAACACUUUCUUCACCCGUACCCAAGUGAUGUUGAUAAACACAUUUUAGCUCGCCAAACUGGUCUUUCAAGAAGCCAGGUGUCUAAUUGGUUCAUUAAUGCAAGGGUAAGGCUAUGGAAGCCCAUGGUGGAAGAAAUGUACUUAGAAGAAACCAAAGAAGAGGAAAAUCUUGGAUCUCCAGAUGGAUCAAAAGCCUUUGAUGACAUGACAAUUCAUCAAAAUAACAUGACAAUUCAUCAAAAUAAUCCUCAUCAAUCAUCACACAUUGAUCAUCAUCAAGAUCAAAAGCCAAAUCUUGUAAGAAUUGACUCUGAGUGCAUAUCUUCCAUCAUAAAUCAUCACCCUCAUGAGAAAAAUGAUCAUACCAACAAAAAUUUCAUUCAACAUGAUCAUCAAGUUCAAAACUAUGGAGUAAUUAGAGGUGGAGAUCAAUCGUUUGGUGCGAUUGAGCUAGAUUUUUCAACAAAUAUUGCUUAUGGUGAUGGUGAUCAUCAUCAUGGAGGAAUGAGUAACAAGAAUCUUGGAGGGGGUGUUUCUUUAACACUGGGAUUACAACAACAUGGUGGAAGUGGAUCAUCAAUGGGGUUAAGUACAUUUUCAUCACAACCAUCACAUCAUCAAAGUUCACUUUUUUAUCCUAGAGAUGAUGAUCAAGUUCAAUAUUCAUCACUUUUGGACAGUGAAAAUCAGAAUUUGCCAUAUAGAAACUUGAUGGGGGCACAACUUCUUCAUGAUUUGGCUGGUUAAAAAAACAACAACAACAAGAAGAAGGAGAAUAUUAUUGAUUUUGGACCUUAUAAUAUAUUGGUUCUUGAUGAAUUAUUAUCGGUGGUGAUGAUAGGUAGAUAUUUUAAGUAGUAAUACCUAGUAGUUGCAACAAUAUGGGGUAUAGAUUAAAAGAAGUGAUUUGGAAUCAUACAAUUAUUAAAAAUUCUACAUUUUGGAAUUUUUAGGUAUUUUGGGUGACAUGAAUUUUGUUUCUAUAGCUGGUAAUUCUUGGAUGCUAUAGCUUUUUUUUUUGUGAAAAUCUUGGUAAAUGUUUACCACCAUGC